GAAGAAGAAGGUGGGUGUACUUGUCAAAACCGAGGAUUUUCCUUCAUAGUUGAUUUAGACCAGUGUGUGUCCAUUUUAAUUUGACCGUAUUUUGACUAAACACACACACACACACAACAGUCGCCUGAAAAAAGCUCUCCACCUUCUCUCUGCUGCCUGUGAGCUUCGCCGGUCUCUUUUUUUCCGGCGAAAUCGAUCUUUAAUGGAAACUUCAUCUAGUGGAUAUCGAUUUCGGAGAAUACCACACCACUCCUUCGCUGGUUCUUUGAAUUUAGAUCCGCUGCUUGAUGAAAAUUUGGAGCAGUGGCCACAUUUAAAUGAACUUGUGCAAUGCUACCGAACCGACUGGGUAAAAGAUGAGAACAAGUAUGGUCACUAUGAAAGCGUCAGCCCCCCUUCAUUUCAGAGUCAGAUAUAUGAGUGUCCUGAUACUGAUAUUGAAACAGAGAUGCAUCUUGCAAAUGCUAGGCGACCUAAGAUUGAGGAUUCAAUUGAUGGUGAAAUCCCCAGCACUUCGGGGACACAACACUCUGAAGCUAAUUUCUCUGACCUCUCAAAUGCCAAAGUCUCGAAGCAUUUUGGCGAAUCCCCUCUACCAACGUAUGAACCAGUUUUUGACUGGGAAAAUGAAAGGUCAUUAAUAUUUGGGCAAAGGAUUCCAGAAGCUCAUAUGUCCCAGUAUACGAGCGGUCUGAAGAUUGCCGUGAAAGUCCUAUCAUUGUCAUUUCAAGCUGGACUAGCUGAGCCGUUUUAUGGCACAAUUUGUUUAUAUAAUAGGGAGCGAAGAGAAAAACUUUCAGAGGAUUUUAUUUUCCAUGUAUUGCCUACCGAAAUGCAAGAGGCAAGCAGCUCCCAUGAAAGGCGUUGUAUUUUUCAUCUUGAUGCUCCAUCAGCAUCUAUUUGUCUGCUAAUCCAACUAGAAAAACCUGCCACUGAAGAAGGCGGAGUGUCUCCCUCUGUUUAUUCACGAAAGGAACCAGUUCAUCUGACAGAGAGAGAGAAACAGAAACUACAAGUAUGGUCGCGGAUCAUGCCUUAUAGGGAGUCCUUUUCCUGGGCCAUCAUUCCACUCUUUGAUAGUAACAUAACUUCUGUGGGUGGUUCUGCUUCUCCCAGCAGUCCUCUUGCUCCAAGCGUCUCUGCUUCAAGUUCUCAAGAGGGUAUUACUGAGCCACUUUCAAAAAUUACAGCAGAUGGAAAGCUUGGUUAUUCAAAUGGAAACUCCAUUGUGGUUGAAGUGUCUAACUUAAACAAAGUCAAAGAAGGAUACACCGAGGAAUCGCUCCAGGAUCCAAAGAGAAAGGUUCAUAAACCAGUAAAAGGUGUCUUGAAAUUGGAAAUCGAAAAGCUGCCAGCUAGCUCUGCUGAAGCUGAAAAUGCUUUGGAGAGUGGGAGUCUGACCUAUGAUUCUCUUGAUCAUGGUGAUCAUUUGACUGAUGCGACUUCUAUGAAAUGCCCUACUAAUGGUUCCUUUGAGAUGAAAGAGCUUGUUCGGAAUGGUUCAGUUGCUCAUGAAAAUGUGGAAAAUACUGCUGAUUUUGAAGCUUUUGACUUCCGCACAACGACAAGGAAUGAACCGUUCUUGCAGCUCUUUCACUGCUUAUAUGUCUACCCCUUGACUGUUAGUAUGAGUCGAAAAAGAAACAUGUUUAUACGUGUUGAACUGAGAAAGGACGACACAGAUAUUCGAAAACCACAUCUAGAGGCUAUGCAUCCAAGGGAACCAGGUGUACCACUUCAGAAAUGGUCUCACACUCAAGUUGCUGUUGGGGCAAGGGUGGCCAGCUACCAUGAUGAGAUCAAAGUUUCUUUGCCUGCUAUUUGGACACCAUCACAUCACCUUUUGUUUACUUUCUAUCAUGUUGAUCUUCAAACAAAACUUGAAGCACCAAAGCCAGUGGUAAUUGGAUACGCUUCACUUCCAUUAUCGACACAUGCACAGUUCAGAUCUGAGAUAUCCUUGCCAAUCAUCAAAGAAUUGGUUCCUCAUUACCUUCAAGAAAGUGGCAAGGAGAGGCUGGAUUACUUGGAAGAUGGAAAGAAUAUCUUCAAGCUUCGUUUACGACUAUGCUCAUCAUUAUACCCAGUUAGUGAGCGCAUUAGGGAUUUUUUCCUCGAGUAUGAUAGGCAUACUCUACGGACUAGCCCCCCUUGGGGAUCUGAGCUUCUUGAGGCAAUUAAUAGUUUGAAGAAUGUUGAUUCCACUGCUUUGCUUCAAUUCCUUUAUCCAAUUUUAAACAUGCUUCUCCAUCUUAUUGGCAACGGGGGAGAAACUCUUCAGGUUGCUGCCUUUAGAGCUAUGGUUAACAUUUUAACAAGGGUGCAGCAAGAGUCGGUUGAUGAAGCUGAGAGAAAUGCUUUCCUAGUUAACUUUGUUGAUUAUGCUUUUGAUGAUUUUGGGGGCCGCCAGCCACCAGUCUAUCCUGGUUUAUCCACAGUGUGGGGAAGUUUGGCUCGCAGUAAGGCAAAAGGCUACCGUGUUGGGCCAGUCUAUGAUGAUGUCCUGGCAAUGGCUUGGUUUUUUCUUGAGCUAAUUGUAAAGUCAAUGGCACUGGAGCAGGCUCGAUCUUUCUAUCACAAUCUUCCAUCGGGUGAAGAUGUCCCACCAAUGCAAUUGAAAGAAGGUGUUUUUAGAUGUGUUGUUCAAUUGUAUGAUUGCCUUUUAACAGAAGUUCAUGAACGCUGCAAGAAAGGUCUAAGCUUGGCCAAGCAUUUAAAUAGUAGCUUGGCUUUCUUUUGUUAUGAUCUUUUAUCCAUCAUCGAGCCUCGUCAGGUUUUUGAACUGGUGUCCUUGUACCUCGAUAAAUUCUCUGGAGUGUGUCAAACGGUGCUGCAUGACUGCAAGCUUACCUUUCUACAAAUUAUAUGCGACCAUGAUCUUUUUGUCGAAAUGCCUGGACGAGAUCCUUCUGAUAGGAACUAUCUUUCAUCUAUCUUAAUUCAAGAAAUUUUCCUUACAUGGGAUCAUGAUGACUUGUCAAUGAGGGCAAAAGCUGCAAGAAUCUUGGUGGUCCUCAUGUGUAAGCACGAGUUUGAUAUUCGCUAUCAAAAGCAAGAGGAUAAAUUAUAUAUUGCUCAAUUAUAUUUUCCCCUUGUUGGCCAGAUCCUGGAUGAGAUGCCUGUCUUUUACAAUCUAAGUACAAUUGAAAAGCGUGAAGUCUUGAUUAUCUUUCUGCAAAUAGUGCGCAACUUGGACGAUGAAUCACUUGUUAAAGCUUGGGAGCAGAGCAUUGCCCGAACCAGAUUAUUUUUCAAACUCUUGGAAGAGUGCUUGAUGCAUUUUGAGCAUAGGAAACCUGCUGAUGGCAUGCUUGUUGGUAGUAGUUCUCGUAGCGUGAUAGGAGAUGGACCUGCAUCCCCGAAAUAUUCUGACAGACUUUCACCUGCAAUUAAUCACUAUAUGUCUGAGGCAGCAAGGCAAGAAGUCAGAGGAACGCCGGAUAAUGGUUAUUUGUGGCAGAGGGUCAACUCCCAAUUAAGCUCGCCUAGUCAGCCAUAUUCUUUGAGAGAAGCGCUAGCUCAAGCCCAAUCCUCCAGAAUUGGAGCUUCAGCACUAGCAUUAAGGGAAUCGUUGCACCCAAUCUUAAGGCAAAAGCUGGAACUUUGGGAAGAGAACCUGAGUGCUGCUGUUAGUCUUCAAGUUUUAGAAGUUUCUGAGAAGUUCUCGCGGACUGCUGUAACGAAGCAUAUUGCUACUGAUUAUGGAAAACUUGACUGUAUCACAUCCAUAUUUAUGAAUGUGUUCUCACGAAAUCAACCACUCUCCUUCUGGAAAGCUCUCGUUCCUGUCUUCAACAGUGUCUUUGAACUUCAUGGAGCGACACUGAUGGCAAGAGAGAACGAUCGUUUCUUAAAGCAAAUUGCUUUCCACCUUCUUCGUCUUGCAGUGUUUCGGAAUGACAAUAUCAGGAAAAGGGCUGUAAUUGGGCUGCAGAUACUUAUUCGGAGCUCGUUCUCUUAUUUUAUGCAGACGGGAAGACUAAGAGUCAUGCUAACUAUUACAUUGUCAGAGUUAAUGUCUGAAGUUCAAGUAACACAAAUGAAACCUGAUGGAACUCUAGAAGAAAGUGGUGAAGCUCGUCGUCUUCGGAAUUCUUUGGAGGAAAUGGUAGAUGAAGCUAAGAGUUCCUCCUUAUUAGUAGAGUCUGGGCUCCCAGAAAAUGCACUGGUUGCUGUUCCCGAAGGAUUGGCAGAAAACCGCUGGUCCUGGUCUGAGGUGAAAUUUCUUUCUGAGAGUCUUCUUAUGGCUCUUGAUGCCAGCCUGGAACAUGCACUUCUGGGCUCUGUUAUGAAUCUUGACAGGUAUGCAGCUGCAGAGAGCUUUUAUAAACUAGCGAUGGCAUUUUCUCCUGUACCAGAUCUUCACAUAAUGUGGUUACUGCAUCUUUGUGAUGCUCAUCAGGAAAUGCAGUCUUGGGCUGAAGCUGCUCAAUGCGCUGUUGCUGUUGCUGGUGUAGUGAUGCAGGCCCUUGUGUGUAGGAAUGAUGGUGUCUGGAGCAAGGAUCAUGUGAGUGCAUUACGCAAAAUAUGCCCCAUGGUCAGCAGUGACAUCACUUCUGAGGCUUCAGCAGCUGAGGUGGAGGGAUAUGGUGCUUCAAAACUCACAGUUGACUCGGCUGUGAAGUAUUUACAACUUGCAAAUAAGCUUUUCUCUCAGGCUGAGUUGUUCCAUUUCUGUGCAAGCAUUCUAGAACUUGUAAUCCCAGUAUAUAAAAGCAGGAAGGCGUAUGGACAGCUUGCGAAAUGCCACACAAUGCUUACUAAUAUCUAUGAAUCCAUCCUUGAGCAGGAGUCAAGCCCUAUACCUUUCACAGACGCCACAUAUUAUAGAGUAGGAUUUUACGGUGAGAAGUUUGGGAAGCUGGACAGGAAAGAAUAUGUUUAUAGGGAGCCUCGUGAUGUGCGAUUAGGUGACAUAAUGGAGAAGUUGAGCCAUGUCUACGAAUCGAGAAUGGAUGGAACUACAUUACACGUAAUUCCUGAUUCGAGACAAGUCAAAGCAGAUGAAUUGCAGCCUGGAGUCUGCUACCUGCAAAUAACUGCAGUUGAUCCCGUAAUGGAGGAUGAAGAUUUAGGAAGCAGAAGAGAAAGGAUAUUCUCUCUCUCUACAGGAAGUGUCCGUGCUCGAGUCUUUGAUCGGUUUUUGUUCGAUACCCCUUUCACUAAAAAUGGAAAGACCCAGGGAGGCUUGGAAGACCAAUGGAAGCGGCGAACGGUUCUGCAAACUGAGGGUUCUUUUCCUGCGCUAGUGAAUCGACUCUUGGUUAUCAAAUCAGAAUCACUUGAGUUCUCCCCAGUUGAGAACGCAAUUGGAAUGAUUGAAACUAGGACAGCUGCAUUAAGGAAUGAACUUGAAGAGCCUCGAAGCUCAGAAGGCGAUCAACUCCCCCGUUUGCAGAGUUUACAGAGGAUUCUUCAAGGCUCAGUUGCAGUUCAAGUUAAUAGUGGAGUCCUCAGUGUCUGCACAGCUUUCCUUUCUGGUGAGCCGGCCACUAGGUUACGUUCGCAGGAGCUACAACAACUUAUUGCUGCUCUUCUUGAGUUUAUGGCUGUGUGUAAACGUGCUAUUCGAGUACACUUUAGGUUGAUUGGGGAAGAAGAUCAGGAUUUUCAUACUCAACUUGUAAAUGGUUUCCAGUCUCUCACUGCAGAACUAUCACAUUAUAUUCCUGCAAUUCUUUCAGAGCUUUAACAGUAUUUCUAACUUAGUUUUUUCCUGUAUGUAGUCUGUGUUCCUCCUAUAAUAUGUUUAUAUUGUUUGUAAUGAUUUGGUUUUGUAUUCAGGCAGGGUCUUUGUUCAUAAUUAGUGUUUGGUAUUUCCAUUUUUGUAUUUAAUGAUCUCUUGACCUUCAACCUUGAUCUAUUCUAUGAGUCUCAAAAUUAGGCUGUUUGAACAAA